GCGGGAGCGGAAAACGUGCUUCAGACUGUACGGAAAAGAGGUUGUGUGUUGUCCUGAAUAAUAUAGCGCUACACCAACGCUUUAGUGAAAAAAUACCAAUAUAUAGUCUCCAUACAGACGUCUUAACACACCAGAGCUUACUUACACGUUCAGCAUGGCUCGAGAUUGGAAACCUGGUGAUCUGAUCUUUGCCAAGAUGAAGGGAUAUCCUCACUGGCCCGCACGAAUUGAUGAAGUCCCAGAUGGUGCUGUGAAGCCGUCCAACAUCAAGUUCCCCAUCUUCUUCUUUGGCACACAUGAAACUGCAUUUCUUGGCCCAAAAGAUAUCUUUCCAUACCACCCCAACAAAGAGAAGUAUGCCAAACCCAACAAGAGGAAAGGCUUCAACGAAGGAUUGUGGGAGAUUGAGAACAACCCAAAGGUUGAGCUCACUGCACCUAAGCCGAUUGCCCCAGAAUCUUUCACUGAAAAAGAUUCAGACACCAGUCCCGAAGGUGAGGAGGAUGCAGACGACAAAGAGAUUAAGUCCAAAGUUCCAGGAAGUGAGGCUGAGCAGGAGACUGAGAAUGAGGAGGAGGAGGAGGAGGAGGAGGAGGAGGAGAUGAUGGAGAUGGAGGAAGGGUCUCUGAUCUCUGAGCAGGGUCCUCAGAACCAGGAUGCCUCACUCCAGAAAGAGUCCACAGAUGUUCCUAAACCCAAGAGAGGAAGAAAGAAAAAGGGCGAUACUGACCAGGAAACUGAGAAAGAAGAUGCUCCUGCGAGUCCUGUUAGUCCUUCGGGUGGAGAGGCUCCAAAACGAAGAGGCAGGAAACCCAAAAGUGAGAAGUUGCUUUUGCUCCAGCAGCAGGACCACCAGGGCUCAGGAAGUGAAAUGGACUCUGUUGAGUCGGACAGAAAGAGGAAGAGGGCAGCAGAGGACAAGUCCAAGAGUGGAGAGGAGGAGAAGAGAAAGAAGAAAGAGGACGGCAAAGGAAAGGAUGCAGAGGGGAAGGAGCCUGAAGCCAAGAAGAAAAAGCAAUCCAAGGAUGACAGCUCCUCUGGCUCUGAUGAUGAAGAGAAAAACAAGGGCAGAAAGAAACAGCAAAACUCAGAAAUAGACAAAGAGGCGCGGCGACGGAAAGCAGAAGAAUUGAGAGAACCAAAUAAAGAUGAUGGAAAGAAAAAUGAAGAGAGGACAGGAAUCAAGAAAAAGGAAGUGUCGACUGACUCGAAACUCCAGAGACUGCACAGUGAAAUCAAGAUUUCACUGAAAAUUGACAACCCUGAUGUGAAGAAGUGCUUGGAGGCUUUGGAUGAGAUCAGCGCCCUUCAGGUCACAACCCAACACCUGCAGAAGCACAGUGAACUCAUUGCCACGCUCAAAAAGAUUCGCAGAUUCAAGGCCAGCCAGGACAUCAUGGAUAAGGCUACCAUGUUGUAUAACAAGUUUAAGAGCAUGUUCUUGGUUGGAGAGGGCGACUCUGUGCUCAGCCAAGUGCUAAACAAGUCUUUAGCUGAACAACGGCAGCACGAGGAAGCCAAGAAAGGAGCACUAAAGAGAGUGGAGCAAGCCAAGGAGAACAACUCUGACAAGUUGUCAAAUGGAGACAUUAACCCUGAGGAGAAGCAGCAGGAGGCCGAAAGUGAGAAGCUUCUUGAGGACACCCUGGCAGGAGAAAAUCACAGUCCCCCAAAAGCUCAGGAGGAGUCCACUUGAGUGUCCCAUAUACCUGAAGAGAAGAGAUUUGCUGCUGUACUCAAAUGACCUUUGUCCAAACCGGGCUUAACAACUGGGAUCUCCUGUCCUGUUGCUUUUCAUGACUGAUAAUGAUCACUGGUUUCCAGUUUACUGACCUGUUCCACCAGUUUUGCUGCUCAGAUGUUUCAGUACGUGAAACUACUCCACUCCCAAACUUAAGACUGACUUGAUAUUUUAUUUUUUUUACUUGUGUAAUCUUUCCUUUUCAGACACUUUGUGUUACAUGCAUUGCCACUUCUGUUGAAUUUUGUGUAAAGAGUAAAGCACGUGUAAAUCUGCAGCACUGUGAACUUUGAGCAUGCAUACACACAAAAGGUUAGUACCAUUUGGUCCAUUUGUUUCAAUUGGAGUAGAUGGUUUUGGUUGUAUCUUUUUUUUUUUUUAAUGACAUUUACAAAAACAACAGUUCGAUCUACUUUUUACUCAGAUGAUCUGCAGAACAGAGGAUUAGCUGUAGUUAGAAGCAUCUUAUCAUGUCUAAUAGUGGCUGUAUUAACGUUCUCUAAAACAUGUUUUCUAGAUGCAUAUUCAUUUAAGAUGCACAGAUGGAAAGGUCUGGAGUUUGCCAAACGUUUGCCAAGAAAAUGCUUUAUUCUCAACCAUGUUCAAGUGUCUCUUUUAAAGCUGUUUCUCUUUUAAACGUGAGAUGUAAAUAAGAGUAUUUUUGUGCCUAUCUGAUGACCUGUUUAAACAUCCAAUAAUAAAGUAGUACGUAUA